CGAAGUCUUCCCAGCCCGAGACUCUCCUUCUGAUCCUUGUCCCGACAGGUUCACGGUGCUGCAGAACGUCGUCUGAUCUCCAGAGAGCGCCAUGGCAAAACUCCUCACAGUGCUGGGCGUUCUGCUCGUCCUGCACAUGGCCACGUCCACCAAACUGGUGUGUCACAUGACUAACUGGGCCCAGUACAGACCCGGAGCCGGUAAGUUCACCUCGGACAACAUCGACCCGUUCCUGUGCACGCACAUCAUCUACAACCUGGCUACGAUCAACAGCUUCAACCAGAUCAGCCCCAUCGAGUGGAACGAUGAGCAGCAGUUCGUCCGCCUCAACGGCCACAAGAACGCGAAUCCUGCUCUGAAGACUCUGCUGUCCGUCGGAGGCACCCUGAAUGGAAUCAGCCCAUUCAUCACCAUGGUUUCCACGGCAACCAGUCGAGCAGCCUUCAUCAAGUCAGCCAUCAGCUACCUGCGAACCCACAACUUUGACGGUCUGAACCUGGCCUGGGAGUACCCAGCUCACAACGGGAGCCCAGGCACUGACAAGAUGAGGUUCACCAUGCUGGUCAAGGAGCUGGUCAAAGCCUUUGAGGAUGACGCCAAAGACACCAGAAAGACUCAGCUGCUGCUGUCUGCCACCGUCGCUGGUUUCAUUCCCACCAUCAACGCAGCCUACGAGGUCAGGGAUAUUUCAGCUCAGCUUGACUUCAUAAACGUCAUGACCUAUGACUUCCAUGGUCACUGGGAGGCAGCGACGGGACACAACAGCCCUCUGUACCGCAGUUCUGUGGACACGGGCUCACAUGUUCACCACAACAUUAACUCUUCUAUUGCACACUGGAUCGCUCUGGGAGCUCCUGCUGAGAAGCUGCUGCUCGGUGUCGCCACCUACGGACGAACCUACCGCCUCACCACCUCUGCUAACGGCCUGGGAGCGCCAUCUAACGGCCCCGCAGACGCUGGACCCUACACUCGCACAGCUGGAUUCUGGUCCUACUAUGAGGUCUGUGAGUUCAUCUCCUUUGCUACUGAGCAUUGGAUCCCUGAACAGGAGGUUCCUUACUCCACCGCUGGCAGCUCCUGGGUGGGCUAUGAUAACCUGCACAGCCAUUCUGCCAAGGUCGAGUGGUUGACUGACAAGAAUCUUGGAGGUGCUCAUGUUUGGACUCUGGACAUGGACGACUUUGUAGGAACCUUCUGUGCAGGUGGAGCGUAUCCUCUGGUCAAUGCCCUCAGGCGGACAAUGGGUUUCCCACCAAAGCCCACCACCACCCCAGCCCCCACCACCACCAGGGAUCCCGUUGCUGAAUUCUGCCGUGGUCGCCCCGAUGGCCUGUAUGCGAACGAGGCUGAUAAGACCACCUACUUCCAGUGCUUCCAGGGGAACACAUACCUUCACCGCUGCCAGCCGGGCCUCAUCUACUGGGACUCCUGCAAGUGCUGCAACUGGCCAUGAGCCCCAGAAACCUGAUCCACCAACUCACAAUGAGUCCAUCAGUCUACCCAGAACCAUCAGUGAGAGUCAGAGUCAGCAUGCUCUGAUUAACUUCAUGGUGCUGGAUCACUGCUAAAUGCUUUAUCUAACUCAAUAAACCAAAACUGAUCUCAACUCA